GCCGCUGUGGGGCCAUGGAGCUGCUCAGGCCACGGCUGCUGGCGGUUAGCGAGGAGCUGGUUGAGUCCGAGGUGGCGUCUCUGAAGUUCCUCAGCCUGGAGUAUGUCCCUAUGAGGAAGCUGGAAGCCAUCCAGAAUGCACAGGACUUUUUUGAAGCGCUGCGGGAGAAAGGCAUGAUCGAGGCGGGAAACCUAUUCUUCCUGAAGGAGCUGCUCUAUCGGAUCAGUCGGAUCGACCUCCUGGUUGCCCACCUGGGCUCCAGCCGUGAGGAGAUGGAGAGAGAGCUGAAGAUCCCAGGCAGGGCCCGGGUGUCGGCGUACAGAUACCUGCUCUUUCAGCUGUCAGAAGAUGUCACCAAAGAUGAGCUGAAUUAUUUCAAGUUGCUUUUGGAGAACGAAUUGCCAAAGUGCAGGCAAAGCCCUGAGACAAUAACUAUGAUGCUGGACAUUUUCAUUGGCAUGGAGAAGAAGGGGAUUUUGGGAGAAGACAACCUAAGUAUGCUGAAGAGUCUCUGUGCAGAAGUUAACAUCAGCCUGUUGAAGAGAAUUGAAGAGUAUGAAUUAAACCUAUUUGGUAAAAGAAAUUCUCCUGGUAGCUAUAAAGAAUAUUCUCAGCAGCUUGAAGCUUAUAAAAUGACUAGCCGGCCCCGGGGAGUGUGCCUGAUCCUCAACAAUCACGAUUUUGCAAAAGCCAGGGAGGCAGUGCCAGAACUCAGGAACCUGAGGGAUCGGCAUGGGACAGACAUGGAUGCAGCGGCUCUAAGAAGAGUCUUUAGCAAGCUUCACUUUGCAGUAGUAGAACACAGAGACCUCACUGCAGAGGGAAUGCGCAAGACUGUGGACAUCUACCGCUGUGAGGACCACAAGGACAAAGACUGUUUUGUUUGCUGUAUCCUAUCUCAUGGGAAAAAAGGCAGCGUAUAUGGUGUUGAUGGGCAGGAAGUACCUAUCCAGGAACUGACUACUUCUUUCACUGGACACAAUUGCCACUCACUUGCUGGAAAACCAAAAGUCUUUUUUAUUCAGGCCUGCCAAGGUGAAUCCUUCCAGAAAGGUGUGCCCAUUGAAACAGACUCGUUAGAGCAAGAUUCUUCUGCAGAAACAGAUGCAAGGCCGCAAUUUGACUGCAUCCCUUCAGAGGCAGACUUCCUCUUGGGCAUGGCUACCCUGCAAGAUUAUGUUUCCUACAGAAACCAAAGGGAGGGGACCUGGUACAUACAGGCAUUAUGCCAGCACCUGGAGUACAGCUGUCCUCGAGGAGAAGAUAUUCUCACCAUCCUGACAGCAGUCAAUCAAGAGGUGAGCAAAAAGAGUUGCAGUCAAAAUGUACAGAAGCAGAUGCCACAGCCCAGUUUCACACUGAGGAAAAAGCUCAUCUUUCCUGUCAACUAAAUGGGAACGAACUACAUAGCAGAGGGAGCUGCAGCAGCUGGAGUUACCUACUGUCAGCUAAGAACUUUAGAACAUAUCAGAAUUAAAAACUUUUAAGAACCUAUUAGCUAAGAAAGCUAACACUUUUCAGGGCAAAUGUUUUAACUAAAAAUACAACCAAGGAGCAAAAGCCUUAAGAAAUUUGUGUUAAAACACAUGAUACUUUAUAUUUGAGAGCAUCUCUGAGCUGCUCUCAGAGGUGUGGUUUCUUCAAAUACGUUCCGUGCCCUCUAUCAGCUGUACCACACUGCUUUUGCAGUGGUAUCUUCCCACUGCAGAUUUUGAGGACAGCUGUUACGAAGCCUUGUGUAUUUUAUGUGUAACUUUUACAAAAUAAAGG